CGUUUUCUACACUGUCAGCGGGGUAUUUCAUAAAUCAUCAGCUUGAAUCGUGUAUGUAUUUAUAUAUAAAAUAAGCCGGAUGCUCACGUUCACGUGUAUAUUUAUUAAAAUAUAAAUUUUGAAAUAUAAUUGAUAAUACAAAUAAGAGCGAUGGCGAAUGAACGGAAGGGUACUUUCAAAGUAGAGUACCUUCAGAAAAUAGAAAAAGAUGUCCAAGCUAAAUGGGAAGCUUCCAAAGCCCACGAAGAAGAUGCUCCAAAAAAACAAAAAUCUAAAGAUGAAAAAUUCCUUGCUACUUUUCCAUUUCCAUACAUGAACGGACGACUGCAUUUGGGUCACACGUUUUCUCUAUCGAAAUGUGAGUUUGCUGUGAGAUACAACCGACUGCUAGGAAAAAAAGUACUUUUUCCUUUUGGUUUUCAUUGCACUGGUAUGCCAAUUAAAGCUUGCGCUGAUAAAUUGAUGAGAGAAAUCGAAUCGUUUGGAUACCCACCUAAAUUUCCUCAGCAACAAGAAGAGUCAGUGAUUGAAGAUGCCACUGAUGCCAUUGUCAAGGACAAAAGUAAAGGGAAAAAAAGUAAAGCCGUUGCUAAAGCGAGUGAUGCUAAAUAUCAAUGGCAAAUAAUGCAGAGUCUUGGUAUUGAAGACGAAGAAAUUAAGAAAUUUGCCGACGCAUCAUAUUGGCUGGACUAUUUUCCACCACUUGCUGUCAAAGAUUUAAAAGCAAUUGGUUUACAUGUUGAUUGGCGUCGUGCUUUUAUCACUACCGACGCAAAUCCUUUCUUUGAUUCAUUUAUCAGGUGGCAAUUUCAUCAUUUAAAAGCAAGAAAUAAAAUCAAAUAUGGAAAAAGGUAUACUAUUUUUUCUCCUAGAGACAAUCAACCUUGCAUGGAUCAUGAUCGUUCAUCAGGAGAAGGUGUCGGUCCUCAAGAAUACACUUUAGUAAAAAUGAAAUUACUUGAACCUUACCCAGAAAAACUUAAGUCAGUUAAAAACAAACCGGUUUUCUUGGUAGCUGCGACUCUAAGACCCGAGACAAUGUACGGGCAAACAAAUUGUUGGAUUCAUCCCGACAUCCGUUACAUUGCUUACACUCUAGCCAAUGGCGAAGUCUUUAUUUCAACAGAAAGAUCUGCUAGGAAUAUGUCCUAUCAAGGAUUCAUGAAAGCCGAGGGUAAAAUUCAAAUUGUCGCUGAAUUCGUUGGUCAAGAUCUCAUGGGACUAGGACUGAGUGCUCCAUUAACGAGCCACAAAGUUAUUUAUACUCUUCCUAUGCUGACAAUUAAGGAAGACAAAGGUACUGGUGUCGUCACAUCAGUUCCCAGUGACUCUCCUGAUGAUUACGCGGCUCUGGUAGACUUGAAGAAGAAACCAGCGUUCAGAGAAAAAUAUUCAAUCAAAGACGAGAUGGUGCUGCCUUACGACCCAAUUUCAAUUCUGGAAAUCCCAGAGUUUGGUAGUCUCGCUGCAGUGACUCUUUAUGACCAACUGAAGAUCCAGUCGCAGAAUGAUAAAGACAAGCUUCAACAGGCCAAAGAGAUGGUUUAUUUGAAAGGAUUUUACGAGGGCGUGUUACUGGUAGGUGAUUACAAAGGGAAAAAGAUUCAAGAUGUUAAGAAACUCAUUCAGAAACAAAUGAUCGAUGAUAAAUCUGCUGUUAUUUAUUACGAGCCUGAGAAGACUAUAAUCUCCAGGUCUAAUGACGAGUGUGUUGUUGCUCACUGCAAUCAGUGGUACCUGGAUUACGGUGAAGAAUCUUGGAAGAAAGAGGCCUUGAAGGCAUUAGACAACAUGGAAACUUUCCACGAUGAAGUGAGGAAGAAUUUCUUGGCAUGUCUUGAUUGGCUACACGAGCACGCUUGUUCGAGAACCUACGGUCUUGGUACUAAAUUACCCUGGGAUGAAAGUUGGCUGAUUGAAUCAUUAUCCGACUCUACAAUUUACAGCGCGUAUUACACAGUCGCUCAUUUAAUUCAGGGAGGAACUUUCAAAGGUGACAAGCCCAAUGUAUUUGGAAUAAAACCAGAGCAAAUGACACCGGAAGUAUGGGAUUAUAUAUUUUUUAAGAAUGCAAAGUUCCCGAAGACCUCGAUUAAAAAAGACGCACUUGAGACAAUGCGCCGUGAGUUCCAGUAUUGGUACCCAGUGGAUCUGAGAGUUUCUGGAAAAGAUUUGAUUCAAAAUCACCUUACGUUUUAUAUUUACAAUCACGUUGCGAUCUGGUCAGACCAACCGGAAAAUUGGCCGCGCGGUAUCCGUGCCAACGGUCAUUUGAUGUUAAACUCAGCCAAGAUGUCCAAGUCCGAUGGUAACUUCCUUACUCUUACAGAGGCAGUGAGUAAAUUUUCAGCUGACGGGAUGCGUUUGUGUCUCGCUGACGCUGGUGAUUCUAUCGAAGAUGCCAACUUUGUUGAAUCAAUGGCAGACGCUGGUAUUUUACGGCUUUACACAUUCAUUGAAUGGGUGCGCGAAGUUCUGGCGACUGAAAAUACUUUCAGAAAAGGAAACCCGACAACUUUUAACGAUAGAGUAUUCCAAAGUGAAAUGAAUUUGAAAAUAAAGGAAACUAAUGAAAAUUAUUCUAAAAUGCUGUACAAAGAAGCUCUGAGAACUGGUUUCUUUGAGUUGCAAACAGCCAGAGACAAAUAUCUUCAGCUGAGUGCCCUGGACGGGGUCAAUUGGAACUUGAUAAUGCAGUACAUUGACCUACAGACUAUUUUACUGUCACCAAUUUGUCCUCAUGUUGCUGAACAUGUCAGAAGUAUUCUUGGCAAAGAAAGUAUUUUGAAAGUUCGUUGGCCGGAGGUUGGACCCAUUGAUAAAAUCCUUAUCAAAUCAUCUCAGUAUCUCAUGGAUGCUGCUCACUCAUUUAGAAUCCUACUGAAAAAUUAUUGCACUGUUAAAAAAGGUGGUAAAGGUAAAAAUGAUUCAACUCCUGUAGAAAAACCUGAUCGUGGUAUAAUAUGGGUCGCUAAGACAUUCCCGCCUUGGCAGAGCAUCGUUCUAACGACAAUGAAAGAACUUUAUAACAAAAAUAACAAAUCUCUACCAGACAAUAAAGUCAUUUCUGUAGAACUGAACAAGAAAAAUGAAUUAAAAAAAUAUAUGAAACGUGUGAUGCCAUUUGUUCAAGUAACUAAAGAGAAAAUGCAAGUUGUUGGUAUCGCUGCACUUAAUUUGACACUGGAGUUUGAUGAAACUAGUGUUCUUAAUGGUAGUAAGGAUUAUUUGAUGAGUACUCUUGACCUAGAGGACAUUGAGAUUCGUUAUACUGAUGAUGCACCUGAGAAAACUAAGGAAGAAUGUUGCCCUGGUUAUCCAUACAUGAAUUUUUUCGCAACACCAGGAGUCAUUGUCAAGGUUUUGAACCCACAAAAGUGCAGCGGCCUUUUUUCUACGACAAUUAAAAUUACUGAUGGUUGUACUGGUGCUGAUGUUGCAUCAAAAAUUGCUAAGGAAAAUAAACGCAUAAAAGAUCCAUCAUUGGUGCUUCUUUAUCGGUAUGAAGACCCAGUGCUUGGACCCAGAACAGUCCCAACUGUGGAAAACAUUUUAAAUGGAAAAGUACUGAUACCUUCUGACGGAGUAUUUAAAGUCGAUCUUGAAACUAAAGUAAUUAAAGUCCAAGUAGGAAAAGACAGUCAUCUUAUAGGAGAUGAAAUUUUGUACUUUAUCAAAUAGAUAAAUUAUUAAAUUAAAUAUUUAAUAAAAAAACUUGA